UUCAUCUCUCUCCCCCAAAUAUUAUGAUGAUUUUUGCCCUCACUCACAAGACAGCAAGCUCCUCGGGAUAGGGACUGCAUCUUAUUCAUUUCCAUACAUCUAGUCUAUUAGCCCAAUGCCUGACAUAUGGUAGAUGCUAAAUAAAUAGAAGAGUGAAAGGCAUUCCCAGCAGUGAGAACUAAAUGAACAAAGGUGGACAAAGGUUUGGGUAAAAAAUGAAUAGUUUAAUUUGGCUAGGGUAUGAGGGAGAGUAGUAGGAGAAAAGAUGGAAAAGUCUCUUUGGUAGUAUUUUGAGGGGACUUGGAAGUCAACUAGAGGGAGAAGAUGGGCAGAUAGAAGAUACUUUGGUAGAGUGUGGAAAGCCAAUGGAGGUUUUUGAGCAAAGGUGUAAUAUGAUGAAUAAUACAUUUAGUUUAAACCUAUCAGACUCUCUAAUAAAUAUAUACAGUUUUCCAUUCAUACUCAAAUUCGCCUCCCACCUACUCAUCCAUCCACCCUCCCACCCCCCGACUCCCCCCACAGCUUGCCCUACCCCUUCACCUGCUCCCUGGCUGGGCCAGGGAUGUAUAUAUGGGCUGCUUCCCCUCUCAGCCAGAGGACGUGGGGUCCCCAGCUGCCUAAAACUGGGAAGCAGGCCAGGGUUAGCUGAGGUUGGCUGGCGAGCAGCCAGGCGGUGCCAGGGAGAACCUGUAUAGUGCCAGGUGGUGCCUUGGGUUCCAAGCUGAGCCCAUGACCCUGAUAACCUUCUACCUGCGCACAUACCUGCCCCUCACUCCACCCCAUGCCCAACUUUGCUAUCAGGGAGGGGGCACAGGGCCAGACAGACCUGCAGGGCUUUGGCUCCAUCUCUACAAAAGGGCCUUCUGUGAGCCAGUCUGCUCCCCUCCAGGCUUGCUCCUCCCCCAUCCAGCUCCUGUUUCUCAUGCACGUACAGACCGUACACACCGUGUCCCAGGACACCCCACAGUCAGCCGCAUGGCUCCCCUGUGCCCCAGCCCCUGGCUCCCUCUGUGGAUCCCAGCCCCUGCCCCAGGCCCCGCUGUGCAGUUGCUGUUAUUACUGCUCCUCCUGGUGCCUGCCCAUCCCCAGAGCCUGCUCUGGAUGCAGGGGGCUCCCACCACAGGAGGAGAUUCAUCUGGGGAAGACGAUCCACUGCGUGAGGAGGACCUGCCCAGUGAAGAGGAUAUACCUGGAGAGGAGGACCCACCUGGAAAGUUGGAUCCACCUGGAAUGAAGACUGAAGCAGGAGAAGAGGAUUCUCUGAAGAUAGAGGAUCUACCUACUGUUGAGACUCCCAGGGAUACUCAAGGCCCCCAGAAUAAUGCCCACAGAGACAAAAAAGGGGAUGACCACAGUCAUUGGCGUUAUGGAGGCGCUCCGCCAUGGCCCCAGGUGUCCCCCACCUGCGCUGGCCGUUUUCAGUCCCCGGUAGAUAUCCGUCCAGAACUCACCGCGUUUUGCCCAGCCCUGCCACCCCUGGAACUCCUUGGCUUUGAGCUCCCGCCACAACCAGAACUGCGCCUGCGCAACAAUGGCCACACCGUGCAGCUGAGUCUGCCUCCCGGGCUGGAGAUGGCCCUAGGUCCCGGGCAGGAGUACCGGGCCCUGCAGUUGCAUCUGCACUGGGGGGCUGCGGGUCGCCCGGGCUCGGAGCACACGGUUGGCGGUCACCGUUUCCCUGCCGAGAUCCAUGUGGUUCACCUCAGCACUGCAUUUGCCAAAGCUGACGAGGCCUUGGGGCGCCCGGGGGGCUUGGCCGUGCUGGCUGCCUUUCUGCAGGAAGGCCCCGAAGAAAACAGCGCCUACGAGCAGUUGCUGUCACAUUUGGGAGAAAUCGCUGAGGAAGACUCUGAGACUUGGGUCCCAGGACUGGAUGUAUCUGCCCUGCUGCCUUCUGACCUCAGCCGCUACUUCCGAUAUGAGGGGUCUCUCACCACACCCCCCUGUGCCCAGGGAGUCAUCUGGACUGUGUUCAACCAGACAGUAAAGCUGAGUGCUAAGCAGCUCCAUGCCCUCUCUGACUCCCUGUGGGGACCUGAUGACUCUCGGCUACAGCUGAACUUCCGAGCUACACAGCCUUUGAAUGGGCGAAUAAUUGAGGCCUCCUUCCCUGCUGGAGUGGACAGCAGCCCUGGGACCGUUGAGCCAGUCCACCUGAAUUCCUGUCUCGCUGCUGGAGACAUCCUGGCCCUGGUUUUUGGCCUUCUCUUUGCAGUUACCAGCAUCGCCUUCCUUGUGCAAAUGAGAAGGCAGCAGAGGUAUUUUACUAACCCUCUCCCUCAGGCCCAGCCCCUGCUGCCCAAGUGGAGUCCAGAACAGCUUCAUGCAAAUUGCAUGCAAAUGAGCUCAUCCUUGGUGAGAUUUCUGAUUAGGGUUCCCUGUUGUGUAGACACCCAAGUGGGACCAAAGGAAGUGUCAGGUACCACCCGGCAGAGGUCACGGAGACUGUUGCUUAGAGGCCUGCAACUUGGAGAAUGUGCAGAGAAGCUGGCCAGAGGAAUCUGAGGGGGAGCUGGAGACUUUGUCCUGCCCAUUACACUACUUCCUUUUAAGCCUCCAAAGAUAUAUUUUUUAAAUAAAUAUUUCUAAUAAAGUCUGUGGAAGGCGUAUCCUUGUUCCCCAAAUCAACAGGAUGGUGUGUUCAUUUCCUAUUGCUGCUGUAACAAAUUACCACAGACAGUGGUAACGGAAAUUUAUCCUCUUAAGAGUUCUAGAGGUCAGAUGUUCAAAAUGAAUCUUCUGGGCUAAAGUCAAGGUGUUGGCAGGGCUGGUUCCUUCUGGACACUCCUGAGGAGAGGAUAUUUUCUUGCCUUUUUCAGCUUCUAGAAGCCAAGCAUUCCUUGGCUUGUGGCCCCUUCCUUGCAUCACUCCAAUCUCUUGCUUCCAUUGUCACAUCUCCUACAACUGCUUUUAACCUUCUUGCCACCCUCUUAUAAGGACCCUUGCGAUUAUGUUGGGCCUACCCAGUUAACCUAGGAUAACCUCCCCAUCUCAAAAUCCUUAGCUUAACUAAAGUCCCCUUCCCAUGUAAGGUAACAUUUCACAGGAUUAGGGUAUGGACAUCUUUGGUGGGGGGACAUGAUUCUGCCUCAUGUAGAUGUUAUCAGGAAGCAGGAAGAAAUGACCGAUAUUGUUGGAAUGACUGUGUGUGUGUGUGUGUGUGUGUGGACAAGCUCGGUCUUUAG